GCUCCUCCCUCAGGGGCGGAGACACGCGGGGCCCAAGAUGGCGGCCAGCCGCUAUCGGCGUUUCCUUAAGCUCUGUGAGGAAUGGCCGGUGGACGAGAGCAAACGGGGCCGGGACUUGGGCACUUACCUGCGGCAGCGGGUAGCACAGGCCUUUCGGGAGGGAGAGAACACCCAGAUUGCAGAACCUGAGGCCUGUGAUCAGAUGUAUGAGAGCUUAGCAAGACUCCAUUCAAACUAUUACAAACACAAGUACCCUCGCCCCAGAGACACGAGCUUCAGUGGCCUGUCUGUGGAAGAGUACAAGCUGAUCCUGUCCACAGACACUUUGGAAGAGUUUAAGGAAAUGAAUAAAGGAAUGUGGCAGAAACUACAGGAGAAGUUUGCCCCCAGGAAUACCGAGGAGAAGCAGAAGGCCUGGGCUCGGUCCUUGUCUCGCCCGCACACCUAAGUGUGGAGUCUUGUAUGUUGCCAUCAUAAAUAAAACUGUCCUGAUUUCCCCA